CCGAAGCCCACUCGCCCUCCUCGAGUUUUUCCCGGAGACGCUGCCCCUUACGCACGCCCCGAGCCUGAAGCAGCUCCGCCGCCACAAGGGCCGCACCGGGACCGGGAGACGCCGGACGCACGCCUCGCUGCCGCUGCCGCACAGGGAAUCGCUUUGAGCCCAGCACGGAGACAAUGAAGCUGUUGGAAAACUCAAGUUUCGAAGCAAUCAACUCCCAGCUGACGGUGGAGACGGGGGAUGCCCACAUCAUUGGGAGGAUCGAGAGCUACUCCUGCAAGAUGGCUGGAGACGACAAGCACAUGUUCAAGCAGUUCUGCCAGGAGGGCCAACCCCACGUCCUGGAGGCCCUGUCACCCCCUCAGACCACGGGGAUCAGCCCCAGCAGGCUCAGCAAGAGUCAGAGCGGUGACGAGGAGGGGCCGCUGAGCGACAAGUGCAGCCGCAAGACGCUCUUCUACCUGAUCGCGACGCUCAACGAGUCCUUCCGGCCCGACUACGACUUCAGCGCCGCCAAGAGCCACGAGUUCAGCCGGGAGCCCAGCCUCAACUGGGUGAUCAAUGCUGUCAACUGCAGUCUCUUCUCUGCAGUCCGUGAGGAUUUCAAUGCCCUGAAGCCGCACCUGUGGGACGCCGUGGACGAGGAGAUCUGCCUUUCUGAGUGCGAUAUCUACAGCUACAACCCAGACCUGGAUUCAGACCCCUUUGGAGAGGACGGCAGCCUCUGGUCCUUCAACUACUUCUUCUACAACAAGAGGCUGAAGAGGAUCGUCUUCUUCACCUGCCGCUCCAUCAGUGGGUACGCGUACACCAGACCAGAGGCGAGCAACGAGCUGGACAUGGAUCUCGGGGAGGAGGACAUGGAGGAGAGCAGAGACCCCCGGGACCCCGAGAGCGGCAGCAUCGAGGAGGACAGGUUGCAGGUGAUCUGCAUGUGAUCCCGGAGCUGCUCCUGCUGUACACACACACACACACACCCCUAUACCCACACACUGGAGUGCCCCCAGCACCUUGGAGCGCAGCGAACUCAGAAUGGCCGCCAUUCCUCCCCCCUGACCCCCAAAGUGCAUCCCCUCUCCAUCCCCACUAUGGGGCUGUGAUGGAUCCACUCUGCAUCCCGAUUAUGGGGUUGUGAUGGAUCUCCUCUCCAUCCCCAUUAUGGGGCUGUGAUGGAUCCCCUCUAUCCCCAUUAUGGGGCUGUGAUGGAUCCCCUCUGCAUCCCCAUUAUGGGGCUGUGAUGGAUCCCCACUGGGGGGCUGUGGUGGAUCCCCUCUCCAUCCCCAUUGGGGGGCUGUGAUGGAUCCCCACUGCAUCCCCACUAUGGGGCUGUGAUGGAUCCACUCUGCAUCCCCUUUAUGGGCUGUGAUGGAUCCCUUCUCCAUCCCCGUUGUGGGGCUGUGAUGGAUCCCCUCUAUCCCCAUUAUGGGGCUGUGAUGGAUCCCCACUGGGGGCUGUGAUGGAUCCCCUCUCUAUCCCCACUAUGGAGCUGUGAUGGAUCCACUCUCCAUCCCCAUUGUGGGGCUGUGAUGGAUCCCCAUUAUGGGGCUGUGAUGGAUCCCCUCUCCAUCCCCAUUGGGGGGCUGUGAUGGAUCCCCACUGGGGGGCUGUGAUGGAUCCCCUCUCCAUCCCCAUUAUGGGGCUGUGAUGGAUCCCCUCUCCAUCCCCACUAUGGGGCUGUGAUGGAUCCCCUCUCCAUCCCCACUAUGGGGCUGUGAUGGAUCCCCUCUCCAUCCCCAUUAUGGGGCUGUGAUGGAUCCCCACUGGGGGCUGUGAUGGAUCCCCUCUCCAUCCCCAUUGUGGGGCUGUGAUGGAUCCCCAUUGGGGGGCUAUGGAUCCCCAUUGGGGGGCUGUGAUGGACAGCCGUGCCGUGCCGAGCUCCGAGAAGCUUUGCUGCACUUUAUCGCUGAUCUCAUUGGCUGCACUGACCCGCAAACUCCUCGCGGCUUCAGGCCGGGCUGGAUUUCCCUCAAGCACUUUCCCUCCUUCCCUCCAUCCGUCCGUCCGUCCGUCCAUCCAUCCCCAGCAGCAUCAAUGGGGCCGUGGGCUGCCCGCCCCCUCCCGAGGAGCUCCAUGUUCUGUCCUCUCCGAGGAAGAGUCCAUUCGUUUCAAAGAGGUUUGCUUUGCUCUUGACCCUCCUGUCGCCGUUAUCUCCAUUUUUGGGUUCAUUUUCUGGUUUUUUAGUCCUCUCCGGGAGGUUCUGUAUCAACCUGCGUCUCUUGGGGUGGAUCUUUGUUAGGGGGGGGGUUUGCUGUUUGGUUUCUGACCCUCGCAUUGACUUUGGGCAUUGGCAGAGCGGGGCCGGGGGGGCAGCGGGGUGUUGCUUUUUGUACUUGGGGGGCACAGGGUGGGAGCAUCCCCCCACAUUGUCCCUGUGCCCCACAGAUCCUGCUCAGGGCAGGGCUCAGCUGAGCGCGCACAACCCCGAGCUGCCCCACAGCUGGGAGCCCACCCAGGGCCGCCCUAUAGUUUGGGGCUCAAUCCCACCCCACAGACCCCUCCCCUGUGUCUGACCGUGGGGGUCUGCCCCCUAAAUACAAGCAGGGGGCAAUUGGGGCCGUAGCCCCCCCCAUUCUGUGCUGAUGUGGGGCCGUCGUGUGGGGUGGGUCGUGUCAGCCCCACUGCUGCCCCAUGGGGAGGAUUUACCUGCAGCUUCUCCCCGACCUCCCCCCAUCUCUCAGGCUGGGGAGGGGGAGCUGAGGGUGGGGGCACAUGGACCCCCCCCCAUUGUGGGUUCAGGACCCGAUCCCGACCCACUGCCGUCGCUCUGUAAUGGCUGCCAGCCCCAUCCUGCCCAUUGGGGACGCGUGACUUCACAGCAUAGCAAUGUAUCCUUACACCAAUAAAGGGUUUCUGUCAUUCA